AUUACCGAUGGAAGCCGCUAUGCAUCGCUGAACUUGUCUGACUUCCUAUUGCAUUUGCAGGACCACGUUUGGGUUGCACUGGUUGUACGAUUAUUGGCCGAUUGACUAGCUUACAAGUUUGGCUGCUGCGCAAACUCUUACAUAACGAAGCAAGACGUGUCUGCACAAGCAGCACUGAACAGCACACGGCUCGUUUUCUCCUCCCCGCUCCUCUAUAAGGCCUGCCCUUAUCUUGUCUCCCCGUUCUAAUCUUCUUUCACAAGUUGAUCGCUCUUUCGGAAACAGACCCUACAACUCACAUCACACCACCCUCCCGUUCUGCAAUAACUCAUCAUUCAUCCUACCCAUCAACAUGUCAGAUCUGGCCGCGGAACAUGACAAACUCGAAGAGCUUGUUCAAGCUCUACGAGAGAAGCUUGGUCCCUGCUCUGGCAUCGACUCCGAGGAUGUAGAUCCUACAGAACUACAACAGCUCAUGGAAGGCUACAUGUCCGAUGAGUCAGAGUGGGCGAAAUAUUACUUUCCGUCGCCAAACUUCCCGUAUACACGAAAUCUGGUCGACAAGGGCAACGGCAAGAGCAACUUGCUCAUUCUAGUUUGGGGGCCUGGCAAAGGGAGUCCUAUUCAUGACCAUGCCAACGCACACUGCAUCAUGAAGAUCCUCAAAGGCAAGCUCGUCGAGACACGUUUUGCGUGGCCUACGCAACACCUCAACAAUUCCGAGGAGCGCCCACUGCAAGUGAUCUCCGAGAAGACAUACGAAGAAAAUCAAGUCACAUACAUGUCUGACAAGCUUGGCCUGCAUCGUAUCAAAAACCCUAACCCGAACGACUACGCCGUCUCUCUACACUUAUACACACCACCCAAUGCAGCCGUCUAUGGCUGCAACACCUUCAACGAGAAUACUGGGCACGUCAGGCAUAUGAAUAAAUGCACCGUCUUCUCGGAGUACGGUCAUCCAGUGCGCGAGCCACAACCAUGAUGGUAUAUACUAAGAUGAAGCCUUCGCCCCUACAAAGAUACGGCAUCUCAUAUCUAAGCACUAUAUCAUCAUUGAAAGGGGCUAUGUGAAACUGGUUAUAGCGUUGGUCGUCUAGUCUCACCGGAUAUAGUUUCGCUGGAGAGCGACAUUGGCGUUCAUUGCAUUGCAUGCAUCAUUCCCGCUCGCCAUAGCGUUCUAUUAAAUAUUGCUUCUCACUCUCGAAAUGUCCACCUCUCCAUACCCGCCCUCUUCAUUUCCCCCUCUGUUAUCACCUGUGAAAAAGAUGAACUUCCACUACGUCGUCACUUCUCUUUCGGAUCACUUGGAUUUGAAUGCUCUUCCUGAACGGGAACACUUUGCUCGUAUUUCUGUAUGUGGUUUUAGGGACGAUCGAGCCUUGCAGCAACUAUAGAGAUAAUGGUCGGGACCGUUGGUUGACCUAACGCCUGAAAAUCAUUGUGUACAG